CCGGCAGAGGGGCGGGGCCGCCGCAGCCGCGGGAGCCGCCGAGAGCGGGAUGGGUCCGGCCGGGCUGCGCCGCGCCCGCGGACUUACAGCAGAAGACCCUGUUGCUUUGAGAAGCACAAUGACCAUCUCACAGCUCUGUUUGCAGGAGAGGGCAUAGAAGGUCUGCUGCCACUGCACUCUGCCGAGGUGUGUGGUAAAAAUGGUGCAGAAAUACCAGUCCCCAGUUCGAGUCUACAAAUACCCUUUUGAGCUCGUCAUGGCAGCCUAUGAGAAACGCUUUCCUACAUGCCCAGAGAUCCCAGUCUUCCUGGGGAGUGAAAUCCUGCACGAAUCCAGGAGCGAGGAUGGGGCCAUCCAUGUCAUUGAGCGGAGCUGCAAGCUGAAUGUGGAUGCUCCCAGGCUGCUGAAGAAGAUUGCAGGGGUAGAGCAUGUCUUCUUCAUCCAGAAGAACACGGUGAACUGGAGAGAGAGAACGCUCCGCAUCGAAGCGCACAACGAGACCUUUGCCAGCCGUGUGGUGGUCAGGGAGACCUGCAGCUACUCAGUUCACCCUGAGAACGAGGAGUGGACCUGCUUUGAGCAGUCAGCCUCUCUUGACAUCAAAUCCUUUUUUGGCUUUGAAAGCACCGUGGAAAAAAUUGCCAUGAAGCAGUACACCUCCAACAUCAAACGGGGCAAGGAGGUGAUUGAGCACUACCUGAAGGAGCUGAUCUCCCAAGGGAUCACGUUCAUCCCGCGCUGGAGCCCUCCCGCGGCACAGGAGGAGCGAGUCCCGGCGGUGGGUCGGGCCCCUGGUGACAUCCCUGGUGACUCGGGGGCUGCUGGCAGCAGCAGGGAGCCGGCCGGCAGCCCCUGCCCGCCCCCCGAGCCUGCCAGCCCUGACGCUGACAAGCUGGAUGCUGAUUACAUCGAGCGCUACCUGGGCCAGCUGACCCCGAUGCAGGAGAGCUGCCUGAUCCGCCUGCGCCAGUGGCUCCAGGAGACUCACAAGGGAAAGAUCCCCAAGGAUGAGCACAUCCUGCGGUUCCUGCGCGCCCGCGACUUCAACAUCGACAAAGCGCGGGAGAUGCUGUGCCAGUCGCUGGCCUGGCGCAAGCAGUACCAGGUGGAUUUCAUCCUGCAGUCCUGGAGACCCCCGGCCCUGCUGCAGGAGUACUACACUGGGGGGUGGCACUACCAGGACAAAGAUGGGCGGCCGCUCUACAUCCUGCGCCUCGGCCAGAUGGACACCAAGGGUUUGGUGAAGGCCCUGGGAGAGGAAUCCCUGCUGCGACAUGUUCUGUCCAUUAAUGAGGAAGGACAGAAGAGAUGUGAGGAAAACACCAACAUCUUCGGCCGGCCCAUCACAUCCUGGACAUGCCUGGUGGACUUGGAAGGGCUCAAUAUGAGGCACCUCUGGCGGCCUGGGGUGAAGGCCCUGCUCAGGAUCAUUGAGGUGGUGGAAGACAACUACCCUGAGACCCUGGGGAGGCUCCUGAUCGUGAGAGCACCACGGGUCUUCCCUGUGCUCUGGACCCUGGUCAGUCCCUUUAUCAAUGAGAACACACGGCAGAAGUUCCUCAUCUACAGUGGCAAUAACUACCAGGGCUCAGGAGGGCUGGUGGACUAUGUGGACAAGGAUGUGAUCCCAGACUUCCUGGGAGGAGACUGCAUGUGCACUGUCUCAGAAGGGGGGCUCGUCCCCAAGUCCCUGUACCAGACCGAGGACGAGCAGGAGAACUCGGAUCACAUCCGGCUGUGGACAGAAACCAUCUACCACUCUGCAAGUGUCCUCAAAGGAGCCCCCCACGAGAUACUCGUGGAGAUCCUGGAAGGGGAAUCUGUCAUCACCUGGGACUUUGACAUCCUGAAGGGAGAUGUGGUGUUCAGCCUCUUCCACUCCAAACGAGCUCCCGAGCCAAGUCACAAAGAAGCCACAUCACCAAGUCCCUCUGGUGCAGGGGACAAUGUGCAGCUCAUUGACAAGACCUGGGUGCUGGGGGUGGAUUACAGCCGGGUGGAAUCUCCCCUGGUCUGCAGGGAAGGAGAGAGCAUCCAGGGGUCCCAUGUCACUCGCUGGCCUGGCUUUUACAUCCUGCAGUGGAGGAUGCACGGGCCCCUGCCCUGCUCCAGCUCCAGCCUGCCCCGUGUGGACGAUGUCCUGGCCUCCCUGCAGGGCUCCAGCCACAAGUGCAAGCUCAUCUACUACUACGAGGUGCUGGCUUCCAAGGACUUCAGGGGAUCCAUGUCCAGCCUGGAAUCUUGCACCAGUGGCUUUUCCCAGCUGAGUGGAGUCACCACAUCUUCCAGCCAGUCCCAGAGCAGCUCCCACCUCUCCAGAUAGCAGAGCCAAGGCUCCAGCAGCAGGGGCACCCUGGGGCUGCUCCAGCCCCAAACCAAAGAGCUCCAGGCCUGAGCUGUGGGGCAGUCACAGCCAUUUGGACACACAGAGGCCUCUGGGGGCUGCUUCAGCCACAGAAACUGAAAUUCCAAGGGCAGGUUUAGGAGUUUUGGGUCAGCUGCCUGCUUCUCAGUAGCCUCCUUCACCACCUGUGGAUUUUGGGUGCCUGUGAGUUUGCAGGAAUCCACUUCCCUCCAAAGGGCUCUUCCCAUGGGUUCUUUUCCAGCAGAGGAGGCUGAUGUUGCCUUACCUGUUGGACCUUUAGAUAAUUCCUGGGUGGCAAAACUAAGGGAAUGUCCUGGCUGCCCACGGGGUACUGGUUCCACACUGGACAGUCAAGUGGGCAUUCCAGAGGCAGGGCCUUGGAAGGAACUGCCAACACCUGGGUACGGGCAGGAUGGUUCAGAAAUCACUUCCAGGCCAAACCAAAAACCUCUUCUGGUCUGGCAGGAUG